AUGGCUGGUGGACCUCUCCUGGAGCUAGCCAACUACCACAUUCUCGGCCGUAUUCUGUACUACGUUCCCUAUCACUCUCCAAUCCACCCCGGUCGGGUCCUGACUACUUUCGGCAUGCUCUCCACCGUCGUGGAGGUCUUGAACGCUUUGGGCGUUUCCUACAUCGCGAAUCCAGAGCUGCCAGAAUCCACCAUCAAACUCGGCCAUAUUCUUAUGAAAAUAUCACUCAUAGCUCAAGUCCUGGUCAUCACCGUAUUCUGUUUCCUAGCGGCAAUCUUCCAGCGGCGCUGCUACAGAUCGGGUAUUCGCACUCGCCGUGUCUCCGCUCCUCUAGUCACCCUAUAUGUCAGUACCUUCCUUAUCUUCGUACGAUGCAUCUACCGUAUCGUCGAGCACUUUGGCGCCUCGAAGAUCCGCCCCUCAUCGUCGGGAGAACUCGAUGGUCUCAGUCCUAUUCUGCGUCACGAGUGGUUUUUUUAUGUCUUUGAGGCGAGUCUCAUGCUUGUCAAUACUCUCAUGUGGAACUGGCGGCACCCGAGAAGAUACCUUCCGGAGAGAUCUAAUAUAUACCUUGCGCAAGACGGCGAGACAGAGCUCAAGGGUCCUGGCUGGAAGGACCAGCGCCCGUUCCUGGUCACGCUUUGUGAUCCGUUUGGUUGGUUUGAUUCGAACAAGAAAAAGGAGCGCCCUUUUUGGGAGACUAAUGGGUAUACACUUGUCAACAGUGCAGUAUGA